CACGGUGCUCAAAAUUGAAGAGUAUCGAUUCAAAAUACAUAUUUGCAAAUCCUGUCAAGUUUGCAUCAUACAAUCUGAUAAUUGUAGAGAUACUGUGCGCAACGUCGCCCCGCGAGGAGAGCCCCUGGCGGAGCAGUACGCGACGCGGCGCGGCACGGCACGGCGCGUUUUCAGAGGGCGUCGACGAAGUCAGCCGAUUCUACGUGGAAGCAACUGAGCGACGAGAGGGCGAGUUCGUAAGCGGGGAUAGGCGAAUCGCGUCGAUGCAGUGACGAACGGCUGGCGCAGAGGGCGGAGAGGAUGUUAGUGAGCGAAGCGACCAUCUUGUGAGACUCAGUCGGAAACCAACUGCCGAGCAGUGAGGGAAGGUGAACGAAGAAGAGGCACCGAUGCGUUAACAGAAGGAUUUUUAAUGCGCUUCCGAGCCCGGUUACCGCUACGUGCGAGUACCUGUACAAUAGCGACAACGGAGAACCGACCAUCACAAGGUUUUCGUCAACGGAAAAACCCUGGUUUAUCCGGCGAAAAUUCUCCAAACCGAAGAGAGGAAUCGAAGUAGCGGCGGUAGGUGAGAUUUGUUGGCGGUCGACGAGACGGGAAAUUGGAUUUUUCCGACCAAAGACUCGCCCAUUGGGAACGCAAUCGGAUCGAAGGCAGUCGGAAGAGAAUUGUGUCGGCUUAUAUUGCUGGACAUAAGGGAAAACGAAAGAAGAGAGAUCGAGUGAGCGGGAUUAAAGGGAAAGCAAAAAAGAAGGAAGAAAAGUGCAGUGUCAAAGUCUGUGAUAGUAUUUAUUCGAAAUAUACAUACAAGUUACGACACGUAUCAUUGAUUACAACAGCAUUGUCUUCUGUCGUUUGAAGAAACCGCGAGAGUUAGAAGGGCAGAGAAAUAGAUAGCCUUUAUAUAUUUAUUUAUAUCUGUGAUAUCGACACUGAUAUACAUCGAUUUAUCCUGGGAGUACGUUGGUAGAGGGAGAGAGACGAAUCGAGGAGAAUAGAGAAGAACGGUGAAAAACACGCGUACACACGCGUACCGUAUAGAGCGACAUUGUGCGUGCACAAAGCGAACGUUGAGUGCUAGGAAGGAAGAUUUAUAUCAGUACUUUAGUGUAUAUAGAUGUUUUUGUAUAUACGACUGACUCUUUUUUAUAUUAAUUGAUAUCGAGUUAAGAGAACGUUCCACCGUUGUUCGUUGAAAAUAGGAGAUCAAGAGGAAGUUAGAUUUUAGAACGCAACGAGGUGUAAUAUUAUCGCUGGCAAAAAUGGUGGAGAAAAUCUUGGAAGAACGAGAGGACGGAUGUCAGGAGAUUGGACGAGAGGGUACCAGUUGCAGAGAUACCGUGAAUACAACAGGAGAAUCUAUGAGCGCGGUGCAAGCUCGACAAGAAGAAGCCAGGCGUAAAAGACAAAGGAAGAAGCGUUCUGGGUCCUCCUUGAUGUCUUCUUGUUUUCAAGAGUUGUACAGAUUAACGGGCGAAGUCCUUGGAGAGGGUGCUUACGCUUCGGUCCAGACCUGCAGGUCUCUGUACACAGAUUUGGAGUAUGCCGUUAAAAUAAUCGACAAAAUCCCUGGUCACGCAAGGACACGCGUUUUCAAAGAAGUCGAAACGUUCCAUCAUUGUCAGGGACAUCCAAAUAUAAUUCAGAUGAUUGAAUUCUUCGAGGACGAAGAGAAAUUUUAUCUCGUAUUCGAGAAGGUUAAUGGAGGUCAGCUGUUGAGUCGAAUCCAAGAAAGGAUUCAUUUCAGCGAACGGGAAGCGAGUCAGAUAAUCAAGGAGAUAGCGAGCGCGUUGAAUUUCCUUCACAAGAAAGGAAUCGCUCACAGAGACUUGAAGCCAGAGAAUAUCUUGUGCGUGCACCCGGACAAGCUUACGCCGAUCAAAGUCUGCGAUUUUGAUCUUGGUUCGGGCAUCAAGUUCAACAACUCGCUGUCCAGUCCUGUGGCCACGCCGCAGCUUUUGACGCCGGUAGGAAGUGCCGAUUUCAUGGCCCCGGAAGUCGUGGAGGCUUUCAUCGGAGAAGCGAACUACUAUGACAAACGUUGUGAUCUAUGGAGUCUCGGCGUGAUCAUGUACAUUCUUCUUUGCGGAUAUCCACCUUUCUACGGGAAUUGCGGCACCGACUGUGGCUGGGAGAGAGGAGAAAAUUGUCAAGCUUGCCAGGAGCUGUUGUUCACCAGUAUUCAAGAGGGCAGGUACGAGUUCCCGGACAGCGAAUGGAGAUGCAUUUCCGAGGACGCGAAAGAUCUGAUCAGAGGGUUGCUGGUCAAGGAAGCCCACCAGAGGCUGAGCGCCGAAUGCAUUCUGAAACAUCCGUGGAUCAAUCCUGGCCCUAGUUCCGUCGAGAACACCGAUAAAUCUCUCACCACGCCUCAUAUUAUCAGGAGGAAUAAUUCCGCGAGGGAACUCUCAACGUUUGCCGAAUCGGCAAUGGCUGUGAAUCGCGUGGUACUUCAACACUUCUCCGUGAAUCUGGAGGAACUGACGGAGAACAGAGAACCGAGGUUGUCGACGUCGUCCACCGACGACGAUAAUCAUCCUUACGGGCACAUGUCUGAUUCGGGCAGCGAGCUGUCUGAGCACAGUAAGCUUUGCGCGACUCAUUCCUGCAGCGAGCUCGACGCGAACCCGCGCCAAGAAUGUUGCUCGGUUAGUUCGAGCAUCGAUCUUUCCGAUCCGAAAACCAUUGGGAAGAAUCGUUUGAUCGGUAAAGAAUCGUCGCUGCAUCAGCUGUUCGGUUUGUCGCCACCUACCGAGAGCCGAUUGAUGCAGCGUCGUCUAAAGGCUCGUUCGGAUCUGCUCGAAUGGCAAACGAGGAAAGCGGUUAUCGCGUCUCCAAGUGGCUGAACGUUUCUAUCUUCACGGUAACAUCUCCUUUCUUGGUAGCGUUAUAAAUUCGUAUUUACACGUCUGCAUAUAGGAAUACGAAACUGUACAGCGCGACGUUGUCUGCUAACGGUCAAAUUAAGGAUAACAACAGGAUUGACGCGACCCUCUACGAUCGGUUGGUUUAACGAUUCGCUAGGACGAGAUGACUAUGUGGAAGCAAUCUAAUUCUGCCCACACGCGUUACGUUACAUCUACGACGAUGACACGGACUCUGCGGACUCGUGACAUAUCCAACACGUCCAAACGCGACUUGCUUUUGUUUUUACCUACACAGGCCGUUCCCACUUUCGAAGACGCUCGUUUCGAUUAUUGUAUAUCCGUCGUUGUUUCGUGGCAGAUCGAACGAUAUGACCACGUCCAACACGUGGACAAAAAAAGGUACCUAGAACACGUGAAAUCCGAUACAAACAGGCAUGUUUAGUGGUACAUCAUUUUUCUCCAGUUUCUACUUUUAAUUAGUACUGGAUUUACAGUGGGUAAAAAGUAUAUGCAUGUUCGUUUGUAUCAUCGAUUCACCGUGAAGCAUUUAUAUACGUAUGUGGUGGGUGAACUGGAGGGAAGAGAAAUGUCGUCUCGCGAUAUUUUGUUUCCUUUUAUUUCGUCUCACGUCGCGUUGUCUCGGUUCGAUGAAAGAUUAUAUCCCUUACGAUUUUCGGUGAGAAUGCGAACGGAUGUUCCUAAAGGUGACAUUCGGUUUGUACUUAUCGAAAUGCAAAACAUUGGCGAGUUUCUCUUCCUUUUUGAUUGUGUUUUAAAGCGUGUGGUCGACCGCAAUGCGUUAUUGAACCAUAAAAUAUGUAGUAGAAAAUAGCGGCGACAAGCAAGAUGAACGCGUUCUUCGGUGCAUGUUUUGAAUAGUUUGCUCAGUAGGAAUCUAAGGAUGUGGUAGAGUGUAAGUUCGAAAAUGUCGCGAAUAAGAUAUCCAAGAAAGGAACGAAUGAGUUUUGCAUUGAGAGAAAAAAGGGGGCGACAAAUACGGCCAUUUCUUUUCUUUUUUUUUUUAUGUAAA